UCUCCUGAAAUCUUGUUAACAUGGGGGCCCUGAAAUUAAGGCGCGUUCAUAGUUUGUCACUAUACCCUUCUAAACCAGUCCACACACAUUUUAACUCAUGUUAUGUACCAGUGCCAUUUAGAAUGAGAUCUUUCUCAAUUUUAUAAACUUUUCAAACCCCUAAUCAGAUCUCAUUCCCAAACCCAUUCUGCUAGGCAACAACAUCAUGUGCACGAGGAAACCCACUUUAACAUUCAUCUUCUUCCUCCUCACCCUUCUCCUCACACCCAAAUUUAACGUUGCUGGCGAGGGCGAAGAUGAGUUGGAGGAACUCUUAGCAGUGGACGAGGAAGUGGAGCGGGAAAUAGCAGAAGGGGGUGGCGAGAAGCUAUCCGAAGCAGAGGUUUUAAGCAAAGCCCAAAGGAUCGUUGUUGAGCUCAACAAUGACAACACAGAGAGGGUUGUCAAUGGGAACGAGUUUGUUCUUGUUCUGGGGUACGCACCUUGGUGUCCAAGGAGUGCUGAGCUUAUGCCCCAUUUUGCAGAAUCUGCAACUUCUCUCAAGGAAUUGGGGGCGCCCCUUCUCAUGGCCAAAAUUGAUGCUGAUAGGUAUCCAAAGUCUGCUUCUUUCCUUGGGAUCAAAGGCUUCCCCACUUUGCUUCUCUUUCUCAAUGGCACCUCUCAACCCUACUCUGGCGGUUUCACUGCGGAUGAUAUAGUGAUAUGGGCCAGAAAAAAGACUGGUGCUCCUGUUGUUCGGAUAAGUUCGGUGGCAGAAGCGGAGGGGUUUCUGAGAAAGUAUCAAACGUUUCUCGUUGGUCUAUUCGAGAAAUUUGAGGGACCUGAUUAUGAAGAAUUUGUGAAUGCGGCAAAGUUUGAUAAUGAAACCCAGUUUGUUGCAGUGAGUCAAUUAGAGCUUGCCCAGGUUCUUUAUCCAGAUAUCAAGCUUACCGAUCAUUUUAUUGGAAUUGUUAAGAGCGAACCUGAAAGAUACACAGCAUAUGAUGGAGCUUUCACAAUGAAUAAAAUACUGGAGUUUGUAGACCACAACAAGUUUCCAUUAGUUACAAAACUGACUGAAAUGAAUUCUAUCAGUGUCUACUCAAGCCCCAUCAAGCUUCAGGUUUUAGUCUUUGCAAACUCUGAUGACUUCAAGAAUCUUCUCAAUACUCUUCAAGAUGUUGCAAGAACAUUAAAGUCAAAGAUAAUGUUUAUAUAUGUGGACAUUGAUGAUGAGAACCUUGCAAAGCCCUUUUUAACAUUGUUGGGUCUUGAAGAAUCAAAAAAUACUGUGGUAGCUGCAUUUGAUAAUGGAAUGAGCUCAAAAUAUUUGUUGGAGUCAAAACCAACACAGAGCAAUAUUGAAGAGUUCUGCAAUAAUCUUGUGCGAGGUUCUUUGUCACCUUACUUCAAGUCACAGCCAAUUCCAGAUAAUACAGAAGCUAGUGUUCAUGUCAUUGUUGGGAAAACAUUUGAUGAUGAAAUCUUGAGAAGCGAGAAGGAUGUGCUCUUGGAGGUGUUUACCCCUUGGUGUAUGAACUGUGAGGCCACAAGCAAGCAAGUAGAGAAGUUGGCAAAGCACUACAAAGGAUCAAGCAAUCUAAUAUUUGCAAGGAUAGAUGCUUCAGCAAAUGAACAUCCAAAACUGGAAGUGAAUGACUACCCCACACUUCUACUUUUCAGAGCCAAUGAAAAGGCAAAUCCGAUCAAACUUUCUACAAAAUCUAGUUUGAAAGAAUUGGCUGCAUCCAUCAACAAAUAUCUAAAGGUCAAGAAUCAAGUCGUCAAAGAUGAGUUAUAGAACAUACUAAAAAGUUUUGGGAGAAAACAAUUAUUAAUCAUCUAGAAAGUAAACAUUAUGAAAAGAAACAAAUAUUUUUGUUUUCUUGCAUAAGCAUUGUCUAAUCUUUACCCUUACCCACUCCCUUUUCUGGUGGUCCAAAUAUAAGUUAGUCUUAUUAAAAUUAGGUUUGCAAAAAGCCAGGCAAACCGCAAAUGCCAAAUUAUCAGCAGCACGUAGAGAACUAGAGAACAAACAUACUCGAUACAUCAAACAUUGUAGCGGUCAACUAUAUGGCGUGCCAUGAGCUCAUGUUUGGUUUUACAGAAUACAGAUUCGUACCUCUAAUAAUCUGCUGCAGCCUGCAGUAGAUAUUCUGUGAAAUGAGAGAACUAACUGCUAGCAUGUCAGUAAUUGUAGUACAUGUUUUUUAUCUCA